CACAUACCAAGCACAAACACCCAAAAUGCCUUCCAUCAUCAACCCAACCACCCUCCUCGUCGCCCUCCUCAGCGCCACCUCCACCGUCGCGCAGAAAGGCUACACCGGCACCAUCACGACCGAAGGCAUCGGCAACUGCCCGCUCACGCAGCACGCGGAGAACCACAUCGCGUACACCUGGGAGCCCACGAACGGCAGCGUCUGCGUGGAGCUGGGCCGUCCCUACGCCGACGGCUACCACGCCGGACUGUUCGGGGAGGUCGAGACGCCCGAGAGCGUCAAGCCGCCUCAUUUCGGAGGAUGCAGGGACUCGAAGUGUACUGAUUGCACGCUGGUGGAUAUCGAGUACGGCGACGAGCCCGGGCUGAUUAAGGUCGAUUGUUUGGAGUUGAAGGAUGCGCCGUAUUUGUUUGUUGGGGUGGGGAAGAACUAGAAGAUUUCCUCUUCUCUGUUUUGUGGGAGGAGGAAGGAAGUGAGGAGGUUGAACUGA